AUGGAGCUUGAACAUAAAGCAUUUUGGGCUUUGAAAACUUGCAAUUUUGAGCCGAAUGAUUUGCGUGCCAAUCGACUUUUGCAAAUGAAUGCUUUAGAAGAAUUGAGGAACGAGUCCUACACGAACUCGUUGAUCUACAAAGACAAGACAAAAAGAUGGAUUGAUGCAAGGUUGAAGGGUAACAAGGAAUUUCAAGCUAACCAAAAAGUAAUUUUAUACAUUUUAAGACUUAAGCUCUUUCUGAGAAAAUUAUGCACUCGUUGGUCUGGGCCUUUUACAAUCAAGCAUGUGUAUGCGUACAGGCUACUUGAGAUGUGGAGCAAGGAUGGGUCAAGCUUUAAAGUGAAUGGGCAUAGGGUCAAGAAAUAUGAAGAGGGUAUACUAAAUGAAGAAUUACUUGAAGAAGGAAUGGACUUUGAGAAAGCCGCUACAAUGCAGAGCGGGAAGGAGUCCAGCUAA